AUGAGCUUUAAAGUCGCAAUACGCCUUACAGUAAAGACUAGAAACACACAGCCCCGAAGGGUGGCAAUGUUGGUCAGAAAGUCACAUGACGAUAUGAUAGUCUCCAGAACCAAUGCACUAGGGACAUUCAACUUACUGCUGAAGGAAGACCACAAUUCAGUUGCAUCGACGAAGUCCCAACAAGGGCGAGAUAGACCAUUAAGACGAAGCCGUUUGAAUAAAAACAGGACGCUACAAAAGGGAAACUUUCGGAUUUAUCUAUCUACGCAGCAAACCAGUAAUCGAAUACCGGUGACCAACACAUUGUAUCAACCUCAAAUCUUCCGUGCAGGAGAAGAAGUAGGGAGCUGGGACACAAGUUCCAUCGUGGAACGACCACCGGCGGAACAUAGUAACAUGUUGGAACGCACUUGUCGCAGUAUUCCCGAACGGGAACAAGAACUUUGGCAGUUACUCUGCCAAAGAAAACAGAAUACGGAAAAUGACAAGCUUCUCAGAGACCUAAUAGAACAAUUCAGCGAUGUUUUCGCAGUCUCGGAUCAAGAAUUAUCUGAACUAUGUAAGAUAUUAGCAGACCUGCCGGAGCGCAACAUUAUCAAGCGCAUAGUUCGAGACUUUGCACGAUCCCAAAAUCAAAAGGCUCGUGAGCGCAUGAAAAAGUACUACGACGUCUCGGAACGACCUUUCGCCGUAGGGGAGAGAGUGUACAUGCGCGUUCCCAUAAAAAGGCUGCGUCAACUCAUCCAAAGCUCGCAAAUGAAUGGAACGGACCCAUUCAGAAUAAUAGAAGUCAGCGAUAACAGUGCCCUCAUCGCCUCUUUAGCUGGUAACGUUGAGCCGCUUGAAAUACAGUUUGACCUUUUCAAGAGAUUGCCAUUAGGACUUGAUGAUGAACCGGUACAAACUGUUAAACAGCGAACAAAAAGAGGAGUCGACGUCGGGCCUCCGCAGGAAGAUCCGCUGCAUCUCUUCCAUCCGUGUACGUGCAACAUCUUUCGAACUAAGGCUCAGACCGCUCUGCCAAGUUUGCGCUCAGACCUUGCAAGAUCCAAGCCGGUCAACAAUAUGUUCGAACUGGCGAAUUGCUCGAUCCAUUCUGGGGGAUCGACGCAAGGAGGAAGAGCUUCUCAACAAGGACUCAAAACACUUGACAGUCUUGGGGCUAGUUCAUGCGAUCGCCGCUCAUCGUUCAAGUUGUUACACCUUCAGCACCGCGUUGAGAAAUGCUCAUGGGAAACGCAUCAUUCAUCCUUCGCUGUUUCCCUUUUUUCCCGGAAACCGACUCGUACUACGCACAACCCGAAUCCCACCAUUGUCGCUCUGCCAUUGUCGUUUAUUCGGGCCGAGAAGGUGCUCGAGGAAAACGACAAGGUAAGUAUAACGGUCUAUUCUACGCUCGAUGGACUAGCAGUGCAGCUCAACUCCUGUUCGAUCUCUGCCGCCGUAGUGCUGGUUUGGCCUAAUGUUAUACCGUCCACUGUUUACCUCGACCAUGUGAUGCACGCGUUGAAGCGUCAUUUACAAUGA